AAUCUACGUAUCCCUGUCCUUUUUUCUCCAACGGGCAAUUGUUUUUCCAUUAACUCUUCUCUGUAAAAGCUCAAACUCACUCUUCUUAACAAUGGCGGAAGCAGAAACGCAGAGUUCGGAAGCGGAAAGCUAUGCAAAUUCAUCGUCUUCUACUUCCCCCAAUUCGUCCAUGCAAAACUCUGUUCUUCUGGGCUCGUCGUCCGGCGGCGCAGAGGCGGUGAAAACUCCGAAGGUUUCGGAGAGUAGUAGGUGGCGUGGGAAGAGAGGCAGAGAGAGCGGUGGGCAUAGACACCCUGUGUACAGAGGCGUGCGGAUGCGCAGCUGGGGGAAAUGGGUGUCGGAAAUUCGGGAGCCGCGGAAGAAGUCGCGGAUAUGGCUGGGAACUUACCCCACCGCCGAAAUGGCGGCGAGAGCUCACGACGUGGCGGCGCUGAGCAUCAAGGGGAGCUCCGCCAUCCUCAACUUCCCCCACCUCGCCGCCUCCCUCCCUACCCCGACGUCUCGCUCGCCCAGAGACGUUCAGGCCGCCGCCGCCAAAGCCGCCGCAAUGGAGGAGCUGAAUUCUUCUUCUUCUCCUUCUUCUCCUUUGUCGACGUCAGCAUCUUCAUCGGAGUGUGCGUCAGCAGCCACGUUAGCGUCGGAUGAGCUCCUGCUAGGGGAGAUCAUUGAGCUGCCGCCUCUGGAGGGGAGCGUUGACUUUUUGGAAUCAAAUGCCGAAUUGACGGUGGCUGACGCGGCGGCGGCGGCGGAGGGGUGGGUGUAUCCGCCGUGGUGGGCGUCGGACGGUGCAGAAAUCUUUGGCUAUUUUCUUGAUCAAGAAGGUGAUGUUAGUCUUGGAGAUUGUGUGUUUCCAGAGAGCUUUGGCUAAUCCAAUUUGACGUACUAUUCUUCAAUUAAGGUUUCUCUACUGCCCACCAAAAUACUAAUCCUAUAAUCAAUAAUGUUCGUUCUAUGUAGGAGUGCCGCACUUUACAUUUCAUUUUUAUCCAUCCUUUUGUAAUAUUUUGGUAGUAUGUGUAUAUAAAUAUAUAAUUUCUUAUAAUGUCAAUACAAAGUCAUACAUUUGAUCUGUUUUUA